AUGGAGUUAUGGUCGUUCAGAAUCAGAUUGCCCAUGCGCGCCUUGGCAGCCAGCAAUUGGUGGUCCGUGGACGUCAUCGGAGUCAUCUCGUGCGUUAUGGAGUUAUACGAGAACUUGUUCGACGUGGGAGAGGCCGGCGCAGCCUUGAGUCCAGGGAUGGGAGACAUGAAGUCCACAACCGACGGCCGCGAAGAGUGCACGGACGACGACCGCGACCCUUUGGGCGAGGUGGCGAUCGAAUUAAACGCCUUGACCUUGGCGUCUUGGUCCCUGAGAAUCUUGUCCUCUGUGUACGAGGUCGUGAAUACGCUGGGCUCCCGACAGAAUCUCCUCGCCACGCAUGAAGAAGUCGUACGAGUUCGAGUAGUUGCUGUCUUCAGGGUCUGGCAUCGUGUAGAACGGUCUGACAGCCAACGGGAACUUGUCCAGGAUGUAGAAGUCGGUGUCGUACUUGUCGCGCACCAGUUUACCCAGCAGCUUCUCGUUCUCGGUGGACAGGUCCUCGUAGUCGUCAACGUCCUUUCCGGCGUCUCUCAACAUCUGGAUACCUUCCUUCUGUUGUUUGUAGAACUGAGGAGAUUGGGCCAAAUAAGCAGAACCUUUGAAGUAGUCGACCUUGAAAACGUUGGCUCCACCUUCAGAAGCAGCAGCAAUCAUCUUUGGAGUGUGAGUUUCCACAAACUUGCGCUUGAUCAAGAACUCCUUGAACAACUGACAGAUUCCGGAUUGCAGUCUGAAAAUGGCCUGGUUUGUCACGGUUCUCAGAUCAAUCACACGAGCGUCCAAACGGGUGUCCAGAUUGACCACAGGCAGUCCCGAAGCUUCAGCCUCGGCGUCGGAACGCGAAGCGUCCUCGAUCAACAGCGGCAGCUGCGAAGGAGUCUCCGAGAUCAAGAAGAUCUUGGUGAUCGAGAUCUCAACGUCCUGAACAGUGGCACUCUUGACAAGCUCGUCCACCUUCUUAACCACACCGUGCACCAGCACAAUCGACUCCAAGCUCAAGGAAGCGGCCCAUUUGACCAUCUGUUUGGAAACAGAGCUGCCAUUGGCCUUUAUCAGACCCUGGAUCAGCUCGUCCUGCUGUCUGAACGAGAAGAAACUCAUGGUGGCUCCCUGUUGUCUGGAGUUGUGCACUCUGGCUCUGAACACCACCUCCUUGCCGUCGUCUUCAGGGGUCAGGGUGUUGAACAGAAUCCGUGGAAUUCCCGUCUUGUGGUUCGACUGCAUCAGACCCAGCUUGCCGUAGUUGUCCUUGGCGGUGUCGUUGGCAGCGUCGGCCGCAGCCUUGGCGGCCUGUUCCUGGGCGAUUCUGGCGGCGGUCUGAACGAGUUUGGAUCUCUUCUGAACGUCACGUUCAGGUUCUUCAAGAACCGGUUGCAUCCCGUCAACAAGGACUCUGCCUUCUUCGCAGUAGCAGUCUUCGAUGGCACACCCUCGAACACCAUCACCUUGUCUGCCAUGUACGUGGCCAUGAUGAAAUCGUGCUCCACGAUAAAGGCGGUUUUCUUGGAGUGGAGAAUAAAUCUUCUAAUCACCUUGGAACAGAUAAUACGUUGCUCCGAGUCCAAGUAA